AUGGUGGCCCCUACCAACUCCUCCGACACUUUGAUCACCCCUCCAUCUCCCGUACACAUCUCACAGUCGACCCCCAAGCCCUCGACGAUGGCCAUAGAGAUGGGCACACUAUCACCGACCGAGUCCCCACAACCCGUCCCGAAACUCCUCCGUGAAGCCAGUGAUAUCACAUGGCAGGAAUCCCUAGAAUCCAAGAAAGGCCAGGUUGUGCUAGUCCGGCGAGGCGGUCGAUUCCGCCUACUGCACCAGCAGCAAUUCAAAAACAGCUUGCUCGCCGGUGUCGGGUACCUCGAGCUAGCUAACGCCGCUGACUUCGCUGCCAAUGUCUGGAAUCAGAUUCCUGUUCCGAAGUUUGCCGCUGUGCUCAUGGGCAUUGGGGGUACAUUGGCCUUGGGAAUGGUCUUGGUUGCUAUUUAUGAUUUUCGACUCAGCUGGAUAAAUGUCAAGCUGCUGCGAGCGGAGCGGGGUCACCUGCAGCGUCUGCGGCAAUACCACGCCAAGAACACAGAGCUGUCCCGGCUCAUUGACAGCCGGCUUGGAGUGGGACUCCGUGAAAUUGGCACCGAAGUGAUUGACCGGAUUGUGAUGGAUGUGUUGAUGGGAUUCGGCUCGUUGUUGGUUGGCGUUGGUACUUUGAUGGCCAUUGGCGGCGCCAACCCCCGCGUCUUCAAAGCCAGUAAUCUGCUUUCUGGGUAUAUUGGAAACGGCCUCGCUGCAGUGUUUGGCCUUGUGAAUGCCAUCUGGUCUGGCUAUCUACUUCGUCGAUUCCAUGUGCACGACGCUGCUGCUUUUGCCCGCGAGCCCAGUGAUGACAUUCGUCGCCGUCUACAUACUCGGUUCCGUCGCUUCAAAUGGCAUGCUGGUAUUAAUGGCCUAAAUGGUCUUGUUGCUGGUGCUGCUUCGAUGGUCACUGCCGAGCGUUGGUGGGGAUACGUUGUCCUGAUUCCGUGUAUUAUUUCCUUAAUCCUAUGCAACUAUUUCUGGAGGAUAAAGCUGGGUUAUGAUCGGCCACUCCUUGGGCAUACAUCACCAACGGAAAUACAGGUGACAUCGCUCAUUGAAGACCUGCAGUACGUUAUUGUAAUGCAGCGUGCUCUCGCCGACCCUGAACAUUCCCUACCGCAGGCCAUUGUCCAACCCGACUCUUUGGACUCGAUUCUUCGCUUCAUUGUCCGUGAAAAUAUGCUCGAAACAUACUGCGAGUCCCUUGCCCGCGACAAAACCACCCGCCAUCUUCUUGUCGCAUUCCCAUCUAUAGACACAUCUCCUGACCAAAUCACGAUAUCCCUCGACACCCUCAUUCGCCUUCCCCCCAGUCACCUAGAUCUCAUCCUGGAGCACGCAAAGCGAUUUCUACGAACAACUGGUGUCCGCGUCUUCACAUAUCGCGAACGCCACCUUCUCGAACUUCUCGGUCACGCCGUCUGUCAGGAUCACAGAAAGGCCACAACAACCACACAAGAUGACACGAUAGAACGCGCUUAA